CGCAUCUAUCUAUGUUCAGCAGCAUUCACACUUGUUGAAAAAGUAAAGAGAUAAUCACAAUGGUGGAGUGGUCAGAUUCCGAGCGCAAUACUAUUGCGAGUGUCUGGGGCAAAAUUAACGUCGGUGAAAUCGGACCCCAGGCUCUGGCAAGGGUGCUGAUUGUAUAUCCCUGGACUCAGAGGUAUUUCGGUUCCUUUGGAAACCUAUCCAGUGCGGCUGCAAUCCUGGGCAAUCCCAAGGUGUCAAACCAUGGGAAAACUGUGCUAAAUGCGUUGGAAAAAGCUGUGAAGAACUUGGAUGGCAUCAAAGGCACUUACUCUGAGCUCAGCCAGCUGUACUGCGACAAACUCAACGUUGAUCCAGACAACUUCAGGCUGUUGGCCGAUUGUCUCACCAUCGUCGUUGCGACUGCAUUUGGAUCCGCGUUCAGCCCCGCCACCUGGCAGAAAUUCCUGUCCGUAGUUGUGUCCGCUCUCUCCAGCCGUUACUUCUGAAGUCCUGCUCGAGAUCCCUGCCUCAACUCAAUCAUGAUUCAAUGCAAUAAAGAUUUCAAAAAGUAUAUAAAUAAAGCAUUCAAUCAAG